ACCUGCUCCAUGGAAGCCUAACACAAACCGCGCACAUCCAAAAUGACAACUCAAGCUCAAGCUCCUUUCAGCACCGCCGACUUCUUCGACGAGAUUGGCAAGAGAUAUGAGAUAGCUUACGAUGGAUCCGGCGGUCAACAACGCUCUCUUCAAUGGCUAUUGUCCAAUCUGCCGGCUGGAAGCACAAUCCUCGACGUUGGGUCCGGUACUGGUAGACCUGCUGCGAAAGUACUGUCGGAUGCUGGGCACGCUGUGACGAGCGUGGAUAUCUCACCAGUCAUGGUGGAGCUCGCUCGGAAGCAAGUACCAGAUGCUACAUUCGUGGUGCGAGAUGCGAGGGCGUGGGAGCCAGAAGGCGGUGAUGGCUCGGUGGAUUGCGUGGUGACCUUCUUCGGCAUGAUCACUGGAGUCUCGCAGGAUGAUAUUCGGGCGUUCAUUCUCCGUGUGCAUCGCUGGCUGCGUCCUGGCGGGAGUCUUUGUGUAAGCGUCAAUAGCUAUGCCCGCUGAUGGAGAGGCUUC